AUGGCAAAAUCGAGAAUACUAGCAGUUGCGACGCAUAUCGGCCGACGAGCUUACAGAUACAAACUUUCCGUCAUUUCGACAUUCUUCGUUAUUUUCUUCGUAAUCCCCAUCUUUUUAUACACUUUAUUAGGCACCUAUCUCGCAAAUGAUCCACGAUUAGUGCCCCACGCGAUUCGCAAUGCUCGCAAUGUAUUGUUGAUCACGGCUCAUCCAGAUGAUGAGUCGUUGUUUUUUAGUCCAAGUAUCUUACACAAUUCAGAGAAACCGCAUGUUAAUCGACAUUUGCUUGUUUUAUCAUCAGGAAAUUUUAAUGGUCUUGGAGAACAUCGCCGAACAGAAACAAAAGCGUCUUGCGCUGCGCUAGGCAUCCGAGAUGACAACUGCGUUAUCCUGAAUGACAAAGACCUACAAGACAAUCCUCGGCAAUGGUGGGAUGACUCAAUCAUUGAAAAAAUACUGGGAGAGUAUAUCAAAAAGUGGAAUAUCGACCUCAUAAUUACUUUCGAUCACUACGGUGUCUCCGGCCAUGUCAACCAUAGAUCCGUCAGCAAGGGUGUGAAAAAGUUCUGUGACGAACAUGACCAUAUGCCACCCAUCUAUACAAAUCAGUCCAAAUUUUUGCUGAGAAAAUAUUCCUCGCUAUUUGAUUUGAUUCCCACAUCUCUGCCCUUCUCCUGGCGAAUCUUGGAAGCUCUUAUCGCUCCAGUGCCAAUGGGAUAUGAGACGCAGGUGUCGACUACAGAAAAACCGGUGCCGCCACCUCAAGGGGGGGAUAUAUAUGGUGAUAAAGCACUUAUUGUGACGGACUGGGGCCAGUAUAUGCAAGGACGACGGGCAUUCAAGCAACACGCAUCGCAGUAUUCCUGGGAUAGAGUGCUGUACUUGAUAGUGAGCCGGUAUAUGUGGUUUAAUGAUUUGAGGAGAUUGUAA